UCUAUCCUUUGAUCUCCCACUCCUUUCAUCAAAUGGCUCGUACUUUCUUUCGCAAAUUAUUGACAUACGUAUCCUCUGAAGAUGAUAGCGAUGUUCAUACUGAGGAGGUCGAUGGACAGUCAUCGAGGCAGCGUGACAAUAGGCACCCACGUAAGUUUAUUCGGCGUGAUCAUGCCCAGGGGCAAGAGCGCCUAUUUCGUGAUUAUUUCGCAGAGAAUCCAGUAUAUCCCUCGAAUCUAUUUCGAAGGAGAUUUCGGAUGAGCCGUCCUCUAUUUCUUCGUAUUCUAAAUGAGGUAGAGUCUUACGAGCUGUAUUUCGUCCAGAGAAGAGAUAAUGCCGGAAGACUGGGUUUAUCUUCUAUGCAAAAAAUAACCGCAACACUUAGAAUGAUGGCGUAUGGGGUUACUGGAGAUUUUAUGGAUGAAUACAUACGUAUUGGUGAAAGCACCGCAAUGGAGAGCCUAAAAAGAUUCUCUGAGACAAUAGUAAGUGUUUUUUCAGAUGAAUAUUUGCGGUCUCCAAAUGCUAAUGAUAUAGCCCGAUUGCUGUUGGUUGGUGAACAACGAGGAUUCUCAGGAAUGCUCGGAAGCAUUGAUUGCAUGCAUUGGAAGUGGAAAAAUUGUCCCGCAGCCUGGAAAGGUAUGUACUCUGGCCACAUCCGUGAACCAACUAUUAUUUUAGAAGCAGUUGCUUCAUAUGAUCUCUGGAUAUGGCAUGCAUUUUUCGGUAUGCCCGGUUCACAUAACGACAUUAAUGUGCUUGAAAUAUCUUUUAUUUUUACGGAACUUGCUCAAGGGCGUGCUCCUGCAGUCAAUUACACUAUCAAUGGCAACGACUACACUAUGGGGUAUUACCUUGCGGACGGUAUUUAUCCGAAGUGACGAACUUUUGUGAAGACGAUUCCAUCACCACGAGGGAACAAGAAGAAGCAUUUUGUGAAAGCACAAGAAUCCGCAAGAAAAGAUGUCGAGCGUGCAUUCGGGGUACUUCAACAACGAUUUGCUAUCAUUCGUGGACCUUCCCGAAUGUUCAAAGUGAAGGACCUAACAAAUAUUA